AGUUGUGAUUGAACCAUUCCACUGUCAAGAUCGCGAUCGUGAGUGAUCAUGGGGCUUGUUGUAAAGUUUGUAGUUGGUGUUUUUCUGAUGAACUGUUUCAAGGUGUUUGCUCAUACUUCUGAAGGCAAAUUCUUCAAUCAUAUCAUGCCUAAGGAUGAAACCUCUGUCAAAGUAUAUAAUGUAGAUUUUGUGACAAGAAGUGGGAUUGUUAAGUCAGGAUAUGAGAGCAAAGUACAUGUUUUUAUGAAGAUGUUCGUUAAGAAGUAUAACGAUAAUACGAUAUAUUUGCGGAUCGUGCAGAAAAAUGGAACGGCACAAAAUGAUCAGCUAAAUAGCAGAGGGGUAGAUUUUCAAACUGAACGUUUGAAAUAUUUAAAUACAUAUGACUUCUUCCUGAGAGGCGGAGGAGAUUUAAUUCUUUGGAAAAAUGCUAAAGACUCACCUGACUAUGACAUGAUCAAAGCCUUUGCCAGCGCUUUUUUUUUUGACUGGACUAAAUUCCAGGCUGUCCAGCAAAGUGGAAAUGUUUUCCAUUACUCAAUUGAUCAGAUGACUUUAUACGGAAAUUGCACUUUAACGUCUUUUGUGGAAAAGAAAGAUGUAGGAUCAGAAGAGAAAAUUUCUGUGGAGCAGAACUUCAAUCCCAUGAAGUGUACUAACUUUGAAAGAGACUAUCUGAAUAUUAUGUCUGAUAGCGGAAAAAUAAACUUGGAUGGAUUACAAAUGCAUAACUUUCGGAAAUAUGAUUUUAGCAAAAAUGAGAUGGAGGGUCAGGAUUUUUCUUUAAAGAGACUUCAGACGAAACAACAUAUUUUCUUCACUCAUGGAAAAGCAAAAGAUGUAGAGCAUUUCCUGCACACUUCCUACGACAUUCAGUUAGAAGAAAAAGUUAAAGGUCCUGUGAUUAAUUUCAAGGAUGAUCGUUUCGAUUGGGAAAAUUUACACAAUUUUACAUUCAAUCCUAUUAAGAAUACUUACGAACUCAAUCAUAUCAACAAUUAUCAGAAAAUCAUGGCAGUUUCUGAACGAAUCCAGUGGUCUGAGAUGCUGAGUAGGUCUCAGCUACUACUUUGGAGAGUUUCUCGAAUAGGAGAUGAAUAUUAUGCAGUAACUAAGUCAAUGCCUUGGGCUGUUAGCUGGGAAGUUGUUGAGAUUGUGGAUUAUUUGAAAGCUUUCACGGAAAUAGAAUUGUCACUCAUGUACAAGGAAUUGAAGAUCAAGAAUGAAGGACAAGGGGAAGGGAUCAGGAUUUUCCUGGAUGUACUACCUCUCGUGGGAACAUCCUCUGCCACAAUCUUCGCAGUCAAAUUAGUAAAUGAUAAGAAUGAAAAGUUUGAUCGGGAGAAAAUGCUGAUGAAACUGGCUGGAAGUAUUAGAGAAGUUUCCCGUGAAUCUCUCCAAGAACUCAAGAAACUGACGGUUUCUGCGAAUGUUCCUCGGGAAGCUUUUCUGGCUUAUGGUGCAGCCUUGCUUGUGUUUUCUGAGGAAGCGAAAAGAUCUGAUAGUGAUCCUCUGAAUGCUAAAUUAAAGAUCCAGAUUCAGCAUCUGGCUGAAAGUCUGGACAAUGGGAAAAAUUACAGCGAUAGGAAACUCUUCCGAGAAAUUUCAGGACAUCUCUUAAGUAGUGAUUGCAAAUCCUAUUUCAAAUUGAGUAACGACAGAGAUUCAAUGGACCUCAAUAUUCAUUCAUUAUACGCUCUUGAGAAAUGCUUGAAGGAUUCUCCGCAAGAUCUUUUCGACCACCUCAUGAAAUUCUUGAUGAACGAAGACUUGUCCACAGAAGUGAGGGCUGUUACUGUGAAAAUUAUCCUGCACAACCUUCCAAGUGAGACACACUUCGAGCUUCUAGCUAGGAGAAUGCAGAAUGAGUUGGAUCACGAAGUGUACAAUGUUUUUGCCUCAACAAUAUCCACCCUAAUUGAGAGGAAAAUCCUUCCUCAGAAUUCUAAGAAACUCAUCCGUAGACUUGAACCAGAUGCCCGAUCCAGAGGAUUCUACUUCAGAACUCAUGGGAGCUUCCAUGAAAGCUUUGCCAUUGCUGGUCAUGUCAUCUUUGAUGAUUUAAUAAAAGUAUUUAAACAACUUCAGGCUGACAUUCUGCAAGAAAUUUCUGGGGAAUACGUAAAACUAUCCUCGAUCCUGCUAAGAGUGUUCGAUGCUGAGAUAAUCAGUCAGUUCAACAAUUUUCCUCAGGACUUUUUUUUACAACAGAAACCCAUCAAGUACGAAUUGACCCUAACCAAAGGUUCCAGGACAGUAUAUUCGAAAAUCUCAGAAUGCGACAUUACUAACUUGCAAAAUUUUAUAAAUAAUGUAAUGAGAUUCUUUCAACGAAUAACAAUGCAGGAAUAUAUGUCUUCGAGUAAAAAUAUUUAUUCCCUUACAAACAUUGACUACUUCCUUCCAAUGGAUGCUGGGAAGUAUUUCAGGAUUUUCCAGCAGACACCUCUAAUCUUCAACAGUCAAUUCUCCAUCACGAAAUCUAAGAGCAAAAUGCCCAACUUUGGAAUGAUUCUCAGUGCAAAUGCCACUUUGCAAAGCGUUCGAGGAAUGGAAGUUCUUCAGACCAACUUGAUGGCUUUCCAAGGAACUAGCCAAAUAUCAAGUCUUCACUUCACCAAACAAUUUGCUUUUAAUAUUUACCAUGAUGUCAAGGAUCAGAAGGACUUUCAGAACAUUGCGUUUGAGAAGCAGAAAGAUAGCACACAGUCUCCGCUCUUCGGAAUGAGAAUCAAGAAGGAGACCCAGGUAUAUUUCAAACGAUUGAGGCAGGAUGAUAAACCUCCUGGAAAUGGAGAAUGGGUCCCUAUUGUUCAAGCAGUGACUGAAGGAAACACUUACUCAACAAGGAGCAACAGGAAGUUUCUGGCUAAAGGAGACUGGGAAGACUUGGGCCUAGCCUAUACAAUGGAAAUGAACAGCUACGAAGCACCUCCGAACGGAAAGGAACUUCCUCAAACUCUCUCUGAAAUGCUGUACAUGAAACCCUUCUCCGAAAUAUUGAAGAUCUCUUCAGGAGACUUCUUAGUGUCUUUUAUGAGUUACAUCCGAUGGAACUUCCUCGUUCCUCGAGCUUAUGGUGUCAACUGGUUGGCUUACAUGGAGCCCAGUGACACCUUCGACACUACCAAGUUCAGUCUGAAGCUACGAAGGAAUGGAGUUCAUUUGGAUAUCAGCGAUAGUGAGGAUAACGUACGGGUGAAGUAUAUUAUUGAUGAUAAGAAUAGAUAUCCCCGUGUGGCUAGAAUUCCAGCUGAUGGACCAACAACAGGACUCUGUUGGGAAUACGAAACAGCUUGGCAAGGCACAUCGAAUUCGAAACUUAAGAUCACGUAUGGAAAGUAUCCUGAAAAAACUUUUAAGUGUCCUAGGGAGCAGACCCAGAUUCUCAUAGAAGAAUCCUCCAAGUUCACAGAAGAACAAAUUGAUUUCCACGAUGAUAAGCAAAUGACUUACGCACAGUGUCGUCCGCAAGUGGAAGUCCUGGAAGCUGAAGAAGCAGAAAACACCUACGUUUGUGCACAAGCUGCUGCUAUGCUUCGGAACACAAUCUGGACCGUUAAUUACAAGAAUAUCCCAAUUGAACUAAAAGAUUUCUUCAAAAGCUGGGGAAUGUGGCUAUUUGCAAACUCUAGAAGCUUCUAUGAAUCCCCAAAUUCAGAAGCUCUGUCAUCAGGGCAGUUUAAGAUCAGUUUGAAUUAUCCAAUGCAUUCUGAUGAGAACUUCGAAAUGACUCUGUCGAUGCCUGAGGAUACUUUUACCCUAAAGGGGUCAUCGAAAUUUCUUCGCUUACAGGAUUUUGUUUUUUUGGGAAACCUAUUUCCAGAUAAUUUAUUCAUCUCUCCAAUUUAUCGGAUUUAUCCCGAAUCUUUAGGAAAUCAAACUACGACUUCGAAGAUUGAAGUUCCUUGGAUCCAUGUGACAAAGAUUGAUAGAAAAUGUUCAGUCUACGCUUCAAGAUUCAAGGAUCUAUUAGCUCUGAAAGUACAAGACGGAGAGCAAGAGAUUCAGAUUUUCCCUCAAGAUCACAAAAUAGGAAAGUACACUAUUAUAGCAGAUGGAAAUAGCAUUGACACAAUGCCAAAGAACUUACGGAAAGCGUCUCUAUCUAUGAUAACAGUUGGGGACACCAUCUUCAUUCUUAAAAACUUCGGGUGGAACAGGAUCAAUGUCAUGGUCGGAUUCAAUGGAAGGAAUGUAUUUCUCAAAGGCGACAGAUUUUUCCAUUGAUUUUAGCGAAACCAAGAAUUGUGUUUCAAUAAAUGCAAUAAAAUAUGACUCACAA